CCCCAUCCGUGUUUAAUAUUUCUGGUCGCGCCACUGCAGUUGGUAUAGCACUUAUCGAGCUUUUCUAUACUGCAAUAGUCGGUCGUGAGAUUAGUUGCAUUCUCAUACUCAUCGAAUCCUUCUUAAACGUCUAACCCACCCGACCACGCGCGCAAAAUUCUUCCACCCCUCAGCGCAACCAUGGCGACAAACGGUAACCUCCCCCAUACCGACCAAUUCCAAUCGGGCUCUAUUGCCUCAGCUGCCACGAGCACUGCUACUGCCGACCAAACGAGCGGUUCCAGCUCAACCAACAAUCUUGGAAAAGAUGAGGUCGCCUGGUUCUUCGUAGAGCAAUACUACACCACUCUGAGCAAGAAUCCCGAGAAGCUCCACUUAUUCUAUGGAAAGCGCUCUCAGUUCGUCUAUGGCCUCGAAGCUGAGAUCGCUAACGUUUCUGUUGGUAGACAGAACAUCCAAGAGCGCAUCAAACAAUUAGACUUUCAGGAUUGCAAGGUUCGAGUUUCCAACGUUGAUUCUCAAGCCUCGUACGAGAAUAUCGUUAUCCAAGUGAUCGGCGAGACUUCCAACAAAGCUGGCGACCCGAAGAAGUUUGUUCAAACUUUCGUUCUUGCUCAACAGCCCUCUGGAUACUUCGUUUUGAAUGAUAUUCUUAGAUAUAUAGACGAGGAGGGUGACGAGGAGCCAGCCGAGGUUGCUCAAGAUGAGCCGGUGGAGCCCGCGACCCAGGCCGUCCCCGCCGCGAAGGAGGAAGUCGAAGCCCAGCCCGCAGAGCCUGUCGAGAAACCUGCUUCGUUUGAUACUGGCAUUGUCGACAAGAAGCUGGAGGAGGAAGUUAGCGCACCUCCUAAAGAAGCUACUCCAACCAAUGGCGACGUAGCAGCUGAGACAGCCGUUGGUGCAACAGCAGCAAUCCCAGAAGCCGCUAAGAAACCGGAAGCCGAAGCAGCUCCUGAUGUUCCUGACCCCGAUGUAACCGCGCAGGAGAUUGCUGAAGAGGACACGAAAGAGCCCGAAAAGCCCGCUGACCCGAGCCCGACGCCCGUACAGGCACGCCAGCCACCCGCACCCGCACCCGCACCCGCCGCCGCCCCGGUCCCCGCUCAACCAAUGAAGCCAAUGACUUGGGCGAGCCGUGCCGCUGCCGCCGCGGGUCCCAAACCUGUUGUGCCUCUCGCAGCGAAGCCAGUCACACCCGUAGCUGCUCCACAAUCGCGUGCUGCUGCUGCUGCUGCUGCCAACCAGCCGGCUACAUCUCAGUCACCUGCACCUGCUCAAAGUUCCGAGGCCAAAGCUCCUGUCGCCCCUGCCAAGGAGGCACCUACGGAAUGGCAAACAGCUGGCAACGAUUCGAAGCGGCAGAACAGGCCCCAGUCUAUCUCUGGCCCCCAAGGCGAGAAGGACGGCACCAUGGUUUAUGUCAAAUACGUCAAUGAAAAAGUUCAGCACGAUGAUCUGAGAUCGGCAUUGGCACAACAUGGCGAAUUGGUCUACUUCGAUAUCAACCGCCAGAAGAACUGUGCAUUCGUCGAGUUCGCCACACCGGCAGGGUAUCAGGCUGCCCUGGCCGCAAACCCUCACGUGGUCAACGGCGAGAACAUCGUUGUCGAACCCCGUCGUCCUAAGGCAGGUGCCUACGGUGGCAGCAACUACACUGCAGGACGUGGCGGCGUUCAGGGCCGCUCAGGACGUGGGGCAUUCGAGGGUCGCUCUGGCAGUCAGGGCGGACGUGGCAGCUUUGGAGGUCAGGGUCGCGGUCGAGGAGGCGCACCUCGAGGUAGAGGUACUUCUCAAGCAACGAACGCAUGAACGCCCUACUAGGGUUACAGGUCUUACGAAGUCAAGUGAGUUAACUGGGUACGGGGCUGUCUGCGGACUCUAAAAUCCUUAAAGGACAGGGAGUUUUCGCAAUCAUACCCCGGAAAAGGUUAGAUGCAGGGUUUGGAGUUAAGACGUGGUAGGGUAGGGUUUAUGGGUUGAACCCGGGACUAUGUGAGCAUCUCCCCUGGGGCGGUGUAUCCAAGCGUCGGGUUUAAUUCGAGCACGCAUAUAUCAUUGCACGAUCAUCCUUAAGCUAUGCCGCCUCUACUUUGGGGGGUUUGUACAUUGAUGGACGGCUGGAAAAGUUAACGCUCAUCUGCAUGGGAGGAGUGAAAAGGACGGCAUUUGGGAAAUUCAGGGCCAGACUUGUACAGUUGUACAAUACGGGCAAAGAAAUUAAGACAUCUUUAAAGUGUAUUAUUGUAAUGUUAUAAGUGAACGAUGAGCUUGCUUGUGUUCAUCAUGAUAUUGGGCCUUAGGGUAUUCUGUGAUCUAUAACAGCGGUCUAUACUGAUAUCCAUAUGAUACCCAGGGAGGUAAGAUUAAUG